UCUCUGAGGUGGGGUGCAUGACGGGGGGGCUCCUUUCUGGAGCUGCUGAUGCAGCAGCAGUGGAUAAAUAUUCAAUGUUGUGGGCGAAACUGUUUGCUUUGGUUUGAGGAGAGGAUGAUGCUAUAAUCCAACCCUGCCUUCCUCCUCCUCCUCCUCGCUCAUAGCUUAGUGGAUCUCACUUCACACACACUCCUCCUCCCUGAUCCACCCUGCCAUCCAGGAGACUCCAUCUCAACACGCCGCACCUCAUCCUCGCAUCCAAACACGAGCCUGCUCGGAUUUUACACAAACUGCUCCUGUGUGGAAAUGUACCAGCUGGGAAAGGAGAUGUUUGGCUGAUUUCUAUUUAUUCCAUUUUUUUAUUCCCACCUGAGAAUUGGUUUCCACGAUGCCAAAGCCAGGGACAACCCAGCUGUAAUGAGACAGACGUCGGGAUAAAAAAAAAGGUGGACCCAUAAAGAGCACACACAGGACUGGACCACAAUCAGAGGCCUGACUUUGUUGACAGAAUGGCUGUGAACACGACGGCAGCUCCUGCCAGUUGGCCGGGGGAGGAACAACCGUCACUGCUGGACCAGGAGGGCUGUGUUUCAGGCCAAGSCCCCGUCUUUGUGCCGUGUCCAGCCGCCAUGGGCGAAGAACUCCACAGCAGCAGGCCAGCCAGCGCAGGGCCCCCCCGCAGCAAAUCCAGAGGAGAGCUUGUGAUAGUCAUCAACGAGAAACUGAAGAACGGUAACGGGAUCCACCCUGGGCCUGCAGAGAGCACCUCUCCCGUCAUCUCCUCCCCUCCUAGAAGGCAACACUCCAUCUCCUACCCUCACCCUCAUCACGCCAAGACCAGGAAGGGCAGCAGGGCGGGCUCCAUCGGUUACACCGCCUUCUCGCCGAGGCCGUCGAUAAUAUCUCGCCACUCCAGCAUCGCCACCAACCCGCCGCUGGACCGGACCAAGGUCAAAGACUACCUCCUCCUGUCUGUGCUGGCCUGCUUCUGUCCCGUGUGGCCCAUCAACAUCGUUGGUUUUGUCUACUCCAUCAUGUCCAAGAACAGCCUCGAGCAGGGAAACCUGGACGGCGCCGUGCGUUUGGGACGUGUGGCCAAAAUGCUCUCCAUUGUGUCACUAGUGGGAGGGACGAUCAUAAUCAUCGCCUGCAUUGUCAACCUGGCCAUAAAUGUGAAAACCUGAGUUUCAACACAGGAUGAAUCCACGGGAGCUGACCCAUCUGGCCCACACCUGCACCACCAUCUUUACCGCCUAAGUCGUUAACUGGACCUGUGACGAACACGCUCCCWAUACACAGUGCUAACUUAUAUUUCUGUAAUAUAUGUACAGUCUGUAUGGUAAUGGAAGAAAUAAACUGUCCACAUGCUGCUGCUCUCAGUCCGAGUCGAGGAGGGAGGAAACAAACGAGUCUCCUCUUGCUUUUCUGGCCAAUCCUUUCAGAAUCCUGUCACUACCUGCUGAACUCCAGGGAAGGACUAGAAAAYAUAGAAGCCAGCUCCACAUGCAACUCCCAACAAAAUGUCUGCCAAGCCCACCCUUCACUGCACCAACGAGCUUGCUAAUAAAUCCCCUCAGACACACACACACACAGAGGGGAUAGGAUUUGUCUUGCACUGGACUGAAACAGCUGAGAUUCGUCCUUUUUUUUUCCCCUUUGCAGAGAAGAAACACUUUGAACCUCUUGUUUCAGACUGUUCUCUGUGACUUUAAAAUGCCCCACAUCCUGUGUUGGUGUGCGAACAAAAAAGAGUGGCAAAAGAGGAUGAAAGAGGGGCUUAGAAUGGACUAGCUGUGGGCGCUAAGACGGAAAAGGAUUACGGGAAGUCUCGCGCAGACAGCGCAGUUUUUACUGCAAGGAAAAAAAACCCACGUGCCAAAUAAAAGAAGUGAAGACUWUGACACGGAGUCGUCAGGACGAGGAACAUGAAACGUGUUAUUCUCCAGCAACUUUACUGUUUUAUCUGCUCUACACAACUUACCACUGUGAUCUGAGAAAAAGGGGGAAAAAAACCCUCACUGUAGCAAAAACACCCUCAUUUUACACUAAAAACCAGUUUACCUGCAUUAUCCACCCUUUUUUAUAACGUUUGUAAAAAGAUCAGUUCCAGUCCAACUCAUGCUCUUGCCUCCUCAGCUAACAAAUUCAAAUUGCAUGUGUGUGUGGGCAUCGUUAUUUGGUUAACAAAUCCAAUCACUUGUUAUUGUCGCCACAGAUGCGUCUGCAACCUCAGUUUCUGUCCUUUUAAGACAAACACAUUGUAGCCUUUAAAUCCCUUCAAAGCCCCACUAAAAGUUGAUUUCUUUUCUUCAGAAUGUGUCAACAUUUAUACGUGUGGUCCGUUUUGUUGUGUACAGAACCAAAUGAUCUGUUUGGCAACUGAUUUGUAAAAUAAUAUGGUUUUGUGGKUGGGAAUGUUAAGUUUCAGUAUGAUUAGCUUCACAGUGGAGAACCCAUUUUAAACCCCCUUUUUUCCAUUUUUGGUUGAUAUUCUAAAAUACCUGCUGUGUUUUUUAACUAACCUUUAUCUACCUGUGAUUCUCACUGUGAUUUCCAACAACUUGGCUUCUUUUUCAGACAGUUUUGCAAACUGCAUAUAUUUUGUCCUUAUAAGGUAAAUGUAACUGUAAUCGACUGUAUGUAUCCUGCAGAUAGAAAUGCCAAUAUUGUGAUAAUCUUCUAGUUGAGUUAGACUUAUGUAGCCAGCCCCCACUGGGCUCUAUAAUCUCUGUGGUUGUUGGCAUGUUGUGGAUUUUUAUUCAUGUAUGAUAAUAGUCAACUGCAACGAUGAGCUGGCACUAUUAUGCUACAUUCAUAAUAAAGACACAAAGCAUGUGA